ACGUGUUCAUAAACAAUUUUACAUGAUAGAGGGAACUCAGAUCUUAUUGUAGUGAUUUGUAGUUUUGGAAUCUAACCCCUACUUAACUUUGGUAGUUUUGCAACAGCUCAGGCGCUUGUUUUAACAUGGGGACUGAAACUAAUAAAGAUGAGCGUAGCACUCCUGAAUAUCUGGCACAGCUACUUAAAGACAAAAAGCAGAUACAGGCUUUUCCCAACGUUUUUGUGCAUUUAGAAAAACUUUUAGACGAAGAAAUCAACAGAGUUCGCUUACAGUUGUUUCAUCACAAGGGCAAUGGCAGAAUUCCAUUGGAUCUCCCAGAACCCAUUGGUCCAGUCCAGACAAUCUCAGAGAAGCUAUAUGUUCCAGUUAAAGAACACCCCGAUUUUAACUUUGUGGGGAGGAUAUUGGGACCACGAGGGAUGACGGCCAAAGAGUUGGAACAGUUCACAGGUUGUAAAAUCAUGGUGCGAGGCAAGGGAUCAAUGAGGGACAAAAAGAAGGAGGAACAAAACAGAGGAAAGCCAAACUGGGAGCAUCUGAAUGAGGAGCUACAUGUCCUCAUCACCGUUGAGGACACAGUUAACAGAGCCGAGGUCAAAAUGGCCAAAGCGAUGGAGGAAGUGAAGAAACUCCUUGUACCCGCUCCCGAAGGGGAAGAUGAUUUGAAGAAAAUGCAAUUGAUGGAACUGGCCAUCUUGAAUGGGACAUAUCGCGAUUCCAAAGCGAUCCCACUAGCUCGUAAGUCUCAAGCCUGUCUCCGGGAGAGACAGGGUAACCCCGACGGAGAGGAUGACCUUAAGAAACGUCAGCUCAUGGAACUGGCCAUCAUCAACGGCACUUACCGCGACACCUCCAAACCCCCCACCACCCAGGCGGGCGGGGGUCAGUCCUCUACCUCCACUCAUGCCUUUGGACUUCCUUGGAAUGCACAACUUCAAACCAUGCAAAUGUUGGGUCAAUUCGACACCAGCGGACUCGACCAUAAGAGCAUACUCAAGACCUCAGAGGCGCCUCGGUUUCUGACUGCAGCUUCGCCCCUUACAGCCGGGAUCUCUCAGCUUCGAUCCCCCACACCAGCAGGUGCCCCCUUAAUCCUGGCCCCACGCAUGCCACAGGUGGCUACCAGUUCUGCCACCAUGAUCAACCCCCCACCCCUGGUGUCCCCUACAGACAGUGCGGCCACCGGACUGAUGUACAACCCCUACGAGUACCCCUACUCCCUCCAGCCUGCCGCUACUCUUGUGGAGUACCCUACAUCUAUUGAACAGACGGCAGCCGUCGACAAUCAUUUUAAGAUUUAUGUGCAGUGCCUAAGAUGCGAAGGACCCUGGACACUGUACGGACACACCCUUACACAAGGGUGGCUCUUCCAUAAGUUUGGGGGAAGCUGUGCCUACGAAACUAACUCAAACCCACCAGAACACUUGAAAAACAAGAGCGAGCUACAAAACACUGGAUCAGGGGCCUCAAUCAAAGGCAGCAACGCACGGCACCUAACUCUGUCGCCCACGAUGUUCUACUCACAAUAAAACAAAAGCUGACAUCUUGGUGUGUGGGAAUUAUCCAAACAAAAUCUUAAAACAAUCGCUGGAUAUAAACAAAGCUGCCUUCCUUAGCAAAACUGCAACCACUAACAUGCCUUAUAUUUAUAAAAAAAAGUUAUAUAUAUUAUAUAUACAUAUGUUAUGGCAGAAAACAAAUUUUUGACUUCAUUUGGAUCAUUGAGAAAUUGUGAGUUGUGUUUAUUUUUUUACUUUUCAAGGUCUAAUUUUGAGAGAGGGCCAUUGUGUGUUUCUUAAGUAUAAUUUUUGUGUUUUGUGAAAUUGAGGUUGAAAUGAGGUCAAUUCAGAACCGUCCUUGUGCCAAUAAUAUUAAAAAAAAUCAUGUAGAAAAACUAAGUGCCUGACAAUUUAUACUCUUCAGAACUAAUGUAGACUAACAUUGUUGAUGUACCAAUUUUGUUGUUAAUGAAUGUUCAUUGGUGUGCAACAAGGAUUUAUGCUAUGUCAUUGUUUUUCCCAUUAUAUUGAAAGAAUAAUUAACUCCUGUCAUUUUUGCCUUUUCACAUCAAGAACUUAGAUGAGAUUAACAUUUUGUAUUUAUAUAUUAAACACUAUCUGUACAGCAUAAUUUUUACCUUUACAUCUGUUUCUGUAAUUUUACCAAAAUACAUACUCAUCUCUUCCAAAAGAUUAGAAAAUGCUCCUUUACACAUUUAUUAGACAGUUCUGAAUAGUAUGAACAGUAAAACUUGGAAAUGUGUCUUGAGGUUUUGCCAAAAGCCUUUAUAUUUCAGUAAUAUAUAUUUAUGCACAUAUUUUUGUUUGAUAGUGUUUAAUGUUAGAAUUUUGUAGCAUAAUGUUGAAGUUUGUUGAUUUAUUGAACAAAUGAGCUUAAAAUCAAAGUGUUCUUAAAAUUCUCACACAUGAUUGGUUUUGAUUUGAGAUGCAUUUCCAAGGUUUUGCCAGUUGAUGUAGCAAUAGUCUGCUAUCUUCAGUGGAAUAAUAUUCUAAGAAAGAGAAUCUGAGAUUAUCUGCACACUUAACUAGAGAAUCCUCCAGUAUUAUGGCUUGGGUUCUGUCUUCCUUCACUAAUAGAGUUUUGAGUAAGCUUGACUUUGUGAUUUGGUGUUCUUUGCUCUGUGUGAAGAGACCAGUAGAUUUCAUUCUGUAUGCUUGUGUGUGCGUGUGUUUAAAAUUUCCCUGUGUUUUUACAUAUCAUGUUAAUCGAGAACUGAUGGAUUUUGUAAAUAUUAUUUUUUGUGCACUUGUUAUAUUUGCCAAACGUGGAUGGCGUUCAUAUCACCGUUUAAUUUUUUGCAUCUUUGGAAUGAUGAUCUGUGUCGCGUGCUCACUUGUUGCAUAACACGGAUACCGCGGCCAAUAUCUACUUAAACGAGUUCAUAUGAUCACAAAACACAGGGAAGAGAAAAUAGGAAAAUUAUUGUUUUGUGUAUGAAAUUAAUAGUUUCAUCUUCUGUUUUUUGUACUGUACAUACUUUUUUUUUAUAGAGACUUAGUUGUUGGUAUCAAUACCUUAAUAGUAGCUAUGCAAACAUUUUUGUCAAACUCCCUUUAAAUUGUGUUUGGCUCUGUGAAAGUAACGAAAGGCACUCUUGUUUUUUUUUAGAGAAAAAAUAACAUCGUUUUUUUGUGUAACAGUGGUUGUAUAAGAUUGACUUGAAAGGGUUGGAGUAUUACCUUGAAUUUUAUUAGAUAAUGGCCGUUUGCUCGAAUUUCAUUGGAUAAUGUCUAUUAACUCAAAUAUCAUUAGAUAUAAUGGCUGUGUAAAAGAAGAAUAAAUCGUUAUGGUUUCUCGCUUACAGAAUCUGAAUCUUUGAUCCAAAGUGGUCACAAUUAAUCCCUACCCAUUCAAGUCACUUAAAAUUUAAAAGCAGUGUAUGUAGAAUGUUGAGUUGAGAUGCUAGAAUGUACAAUUUAACUGCUCUUUGUAUUAGCCUAUUAAUUCACUCAUUCUUGGUUUUUGGCACAUGAUGGAAGAGACGGAUUAUUUUGGUUUCGAUUGAUUUUUUUUGUACUGUUUUAUUGAACAAAGUUGUGAAUUUUUUUUAUUGAAUGCUCAACAAGAAGUCAUAUUAGGCCUUAGGAUAGGUACUUAUAUAUAUCACAAAUCUGAAUUUGGAUUGAAUCUCAAUGCAGGGCUUUUUUUUCUAACUUCAUAUUUGAACUUAAUGUUAAGCAUAUCCACUCUAGGAUUUAAUUUACACCUCGUUCUCCUCGCUGUCUUUAGUAUAUUGGUAAGCUUUGCAUGGAGUUCACUAUAAUCUGGCCUUGCCAGUCACUAACAACACCUACCCAUAAUCUGAUGCUUUCUGAAGAUCUGUAACUUUUUUUAAUACUGAAUUCUGACAUGUUUUGUUGUUUAUAUACUGUUAAUUUUAUACAAUUGUUAACCUUAACAGGUGCAUCAGCAUAAUAUUCUGAUUCUGUUGUUGCAAUCUCUGGAAAUUUUCUGCCACUUUCAGUUCAUUUGUUUUUGGUAUUUGGACUUAUUACCAGUACUUAAUAACUUUUUUGAUAUUUUAUAAAAUUUCAUACCAAGAACUGGAGGCAUGGCCAGAGAAUUUCCACCAUAACUGGAUUAACAAUGUAUUGUAUAUAUAUAUAAUUCACAAUGUUUCUCUGUGGAUCAAUCAGCAUGCUUUGCCUGUAGUUAGUAGAUCCAUCAUAAGUAAAAUGUGAACGAAUCUCAAGGUAUCAUCUACUCACCCUACCCUCAAACUAACCCAAGCUUCAUUACCCCCAACCCACCGAAAGAUAAAGUAAAUCAACUGGAAAAAUACUCCCUUGUGACUUGUGAGAUUGACUCUGCCUUUGGAUACCAUCUUUUCCCCCUUUUCAUUGUAAAGAAUGAUAUACUUUUAAGAAGUUUGCCUUUAUUUACUAUACAUAAGCGGCAUAUUAACCCAAACUGCUACUUAAAAUUUGCAUUUGUUGUCUUUUUGCAUAUUAUUGUACUCUAUAUAUAGAUAUAUAUUAUUUUUUCUGUUCACUAGCAAUAAAGGUUUUUAAAACAGUAACUCAUCUUUGCAGUUCAUACUAACCAGUGGAUACAAAUCUUCUUAACACUGCAUCGUUUCGUUACUAAAUAUAACCAUUUAUAUACUUUGCUGUUGUGUUUCUGUUACUAAGGUAACUAUGCAUGUCAAGCUAUAAUUGGUGGAGUGUAGUUCGUCCAAAGAAAUCUGGACCUGUAACCUGGCUUUUGAUUGGCCAAGAGGUCAGCAGAUUUAGACGGACGUGAUAGAAAGCAGCCUUGUUAACUGCUAAAGAUUUCGAAUGAUUAACACUACGUUCUAUGUAUUUCAAAGCCAAAGACUUUCUGAACUUUUCCAAUCUUAUUUCGAUUAACAUUGAGCUUACCACAAGCCUCGAAGAGAUCAAUGCAUAAUAGUGAUUACAAGAUAGUCCGUCUUAAAACUACAUUCUUCCAUAUAAUCAAGAAUUGUAAUGUAUUGGCAUGAUAUUAACUGUCUUGUUAGUUUCUUGGCAUAUAUUAACCGCAGUACGCUAAAUAUUUACAAAGUUCAUUAUUUCCCUGUUAACAUUUUCUCAUGGUAAAGAGCCCAUCGAAACAUCACACAAGUGCCUUAUUUUGGGUAAAGAGAUUUCUCUAAUACAAAGCAACGUGCCAAAUCACAACCACUGCUUAGUAUAUAAACCCCCAGUGAAGGAUCCAGCUAAUAGGCUGAGGGGGUUUCUGAACUUUGAACUCUCGCGGGAAUCUGAUUCACGUCAGGUGAUUUAGGGCCCUUCCCUUGUUGGAUCCCCCACUGCACUACACAUACUAUCAACGAUCAGUUUUCAGGGAGCUUGUUUAUUUCUGUGAUAAUAUAAUCAAUCCUUCUAAGGUCCCAACAAUCAUGUUUUAAUUGUUGAUGACGUUGGCAAAUUUACGCCAGGUAAUCAUUCACUAUAAUCGAAGCGUAAUUUUAUGCGCACGCCUUCAAAGAUCACGUGACUUGCAGGAAAUGACACGUGACCUUUUUUGUUAUCCAUGACAACGUUAGCAGUAUUCUUUUGUAUCCAGAAAAGACUAAACUAUUUUGUUUACUGAAUAAACUCGUGUUUCAUUAUAUAUAUUUAGCCGUUGGUCAAGGUCGCAAAUCCUAUCGUUUCGUUUGAUAGCUUCUCUUGACCGCGUCUGCGUGAAUGAAUUGGGCGGUUGGUGACAUUACAUAGCUUUUUAAAUGUUUUGUCAAAGUUUUGAUUUGUUGUUGAUGACGAUGUACAAUCACAGAGAGAGGAGUGAAUCUCUUGAUGAACAAUGUUUAUACACUCUGUCAUCGAUAUGAUGACACGUUUAUACCAAUAGACUCGUACAAGGACUUAUUUUCAAAUAUUAAACUCAUUAUGUAUAUUCA